AUGUCCUGCUUUCAGUUGCCUGAUGGAAUUUGUGAGGAUAUUGAUUCUAUGGUGCGUAACUAUUGGUGGGGUGAGAGGGAGAACAAGCGGAAAAUUCAUUGGAAAAAUUGGCGAACAUUGUGUGACCCAAAAUGGGUGGGUGGGAUGGGGUUUCGUAGCUUGAAAGCAUUGUUGGCCAAACAGGGGUGGAGGUUGAUUUCGGUGCCGGAUUCUUUGGUGGCCAGAAUUUUGAAGGCUAAGUAUUACCCUCGCACAACGUUUCUUCAAGCUAAUGUUGGGUCGAAUCCCUCAUUCACAUGGAGGAGCAUUUUUAAUGCAAGACUGCUUUUGGAAGCCGGGUUGAGAUGA